ACUCCAUUCAAUUCAACCCAUAUAAUAUAAACAUAAUGUCUGUCUACAUUGUCUCUUCUGCCAGAACACCUCUUGGUUCAUUCCAAGGUGGCUUGUCCUCAUACACUUAUUCUGACCUUGGUUCUCACGCUGUCAAGGCUGCCUUAGCCAAGACCCCUCAGAUCAAAUCUGAAGAUGUCGAAGAAAUCUUCUUUGGUGGUGCUUUACAAGCUAACGUUGGACAAGCUCCAGCCCGUCAAGUUGCCCUUAAGGCCGGUCUUUCCGAAUCCAUUGUUGCCACUACCAUUAACAAGGUUUGUGCUUCUGGUAUGAAGGCCAUUAUCUUGGGUGCUCAAACCAUUUUGACUGGUACUGCUGACAUUGUUGUUGCUGGUGGUGCUGAAUCCAUGACCAACACUCCAUACUACGUUCCAGCUGCUCGUGGUGGUGCUCGUUUUGGUGACUCUACCUUGGUUGAUGGUGUUCAAAAGGAUGGUUUAUUGGAUGUCUAUGAACAAAAAUUGAUGGGUGUUGCCGCUGAAAAGUGUGCUAAGGACCAUCAAUUCUCAAGAGAAGACCAAGAUAACUUUGCCGUUGACUCUUAUUCCAAGGCUCAAGCCGCUCAAAAGGCUGGUAAGUUUGAUUCUGAAAUCGCUCCAGUCACCAUCAAGGGUUUCCGUGGUAAGCCAGAUACUGUUAUUUCUAGCGAUGAAGAAAUCAGUAACUUCAACGAAUCUAAGUUGCGUGCUGCCAGAACUGUUUUCCAAAAGGAAAACGGUACCGUUACCGCUCCAAAUGCCUCCCCAUUGAACGAUGGUGGUGCUGCUGUCAUUCUUGUUUCUGAAUCUAAAUUGAAGGAACUUGGUUUAACUCCAUUGGCCAAGAUCACUGGUUGGGGUGAAGCUGCCAGAUCUCCAAUUGAUUUCACCAUUGCUCCAGCUUUGGCCGUUCCAAAGGCCUUGAAGCAUGCCGGUUUGUCCAGCAUUGAUAACGUUGACUUUUUCGAAUUAAACGAAGCUUUCUCCGUUGUUGGUUUGGCUAAUGCUAAGCUUUUGGACAUUCCAUCUGAAAAGUUGAACGUUUACGGUGGUGCUGUUGCUUUAGGUCACCCAUUGGGAUGUUCUGGUGCUAGAAUUGUUUGCACUUUGUUGUCUGUUUUGUCUCAAGAAGGUGGUAAGAUCGGUGUUGCUGGUGUUUGUAACGGUGGUGGUGGUGCCUCUUCCAUUGUCAUUGAGAGAAUUGACAAGGAUUCUAAGUUGUAGAUGAAUUUUAG